CAGCACUUUCAUCACACACUGUGCUUAUUAUGCAUACAUGUGUGUAUAUAUUCGUUUGCAUGCGCUCACAGAUUCUCCGAAAUCUCAGCUCUCCAAGCGUUUUACGAUGAUUACUUUUCCACUUUGACUAACGGAUAGGCAUUGUGUCGGGUUGCCGUUUAAACAUUUCGCAAUACACACAACAUACUCAUAUUGCCCGUGGCCGGAACGGUGCAACGGACGAGAGUAUACGAAAAACGGUGCAAACUAAAAAAAUUUUAUAGUUCAACUAAAAACUAAACUAAUCAACAGCAAACUAAUAUUUUCUUGCAUUAAUGCUAUAAAAAAGUGUAAUCCAUUAGAGGGCGCUUGUGUGUGUAUGUGUGCGUUUAAUCGAUAAAUGAAAAAAGUGUGAUUCGACAGAGAUUGGCAUGCUAUUAACGCUGCCAUACGUGGAGGUAUGUGGAGUAAUGUGUCAACAGCAGUACUUGCUUCGGUGCAGCUGUACGAAGUGCUCGAAGCGCUAGCAAAUCUGGCAAAUCUGUGGAACGGUACACCGCGAUUUGAGGUUUUGUCUUUGACCUCCAUUUUACAAUAUUGAAUUUCUGGGUCCACUACGCAGCUGUGUGUCGGUGCGUAAUUUCAUUGUGUCAAAGUCGCCGCAAUCCUUCAAUGGUCUUUCAUGCAUGUGUGUAUGUGUUUGUGCAGCCAUUACUAAACUGAUUAGCCACAAAAAUUUAGUGCUCAAUUAAAAUUUAUGACAGAUGAGCAAAGAAGACACAGCAGAUUUAACGCGCACGAAGCCUAAAAUAGUCAUCAGCUACGCCAACUAACUGCCCGAAAGCGGAAAAAUCAAUAAUUGCAACAUUUUUCACGAACAUCAGAACGCCAAUAUGAGCGCGAUUAAAAGUGAACGAUAGUAAAAUAAAAGUGAAAGUGUGUGUUAGAGUGUCAAAAAUCGUAGGAAGUAGAAGCAGUUAUAUAAGUUCGAAGAAAAUUUGUGGUGUAGGUGCGGUUUUGACAGUUGCACCAAUUUCUACAACAAACGCACGCGUGCUGCUCUGCGCGUUUGUGUGUAUGUGUGUCUGGGUCAACCAUAUGCUGCAAUCGAUUUACAUGGCCGCAGCAAUAACACAAAUUCAUUGAGGCGCUCGUUUCGCUACAACAAUAACAUAACAACACCAACAUAUAUGCAUAUAUACACAGGUAGAAGUUUCACCACACCAAUAACGACGACGACGACGCCUACGCGAACUGUCAACGACGAGUAGUUUGCAGAAAUUUCCAGUGCUGGCAAUCUUAAAUUAUACUAAUAACAGCCACGAGAAGCUAAGCAGAAAUAGAAAUAGAAAUAUCAAACCACAACAACUCAAACAAAACAAAUUCUACAACCAAUUUAACUGCCAAGCACUUAACAGUCGCACAUCGCCGCAGCUGACGCAGAAACUUUAGCCGACCUCGCCGCCACAAUGGGUAAGAAAAAGGUGCCGAGUGAGGACCUAAUUGUACCGCCACAGGAUCAGCGCAUAUGCGGCACUAUUUGCAUAUGCCAAAUGACGCUCGUGCUCAGCUCGGUGGCGCUGGUCUAUCUAACGGUCGCCAUUUACAUGCCGUCGACGCGCGCCUUCAAGAGCGGCAUCGAUCCAACGCCCGUCAUGUGCACCACCACGCGCGCCGUCAACAAGGACAACUGCGAAUGGGGCUCGUGCGGCGAGUGGUGUCUGAGUAAGACGUCUGGCGCCUGCAUACAAAUCUACGUGAAUCUACGUACCAAUGGCACCAAUCUUACCUUUCAGAAUUGCACGAAUUCAGCGAAUAAGACAUGCUACGGCAUCGAUCAGGACCGCGCCGAUAAAGCGCGCUGCAUAAAUGAUGAGUGCAAAAAUUUAACGGGUACAUUUAAUUGUACCGAAGGUCAGUGCUUAAAUAUAACCGAUGCGUUCGAGUGUGUUUUCAAAAAUAGCGAUUCGCCAGUUAAGUGUUCGGGACGACGGGGGAAAAUCAAUUGUAUGGACAUAAACGGUUUAUUUUCAUGUUCUCGCGGCACGUGCCGCAAAAUACGCACCCCCUACAAUUGUGACCGUCGCUGUGUUGACAUACCGACACGCAAUAAGAAUGUGGUGGUGUUGAGUGGCGAUAAAGUGUAUUUGUCGCAAUGUCAAAAUGCCAUCAAUGCAGAGACUAAUGAGGAAGUGUGGAAUGAAUCCGCGGAUAAUGUUGUAAUGGCCUCGUGUUAUUUCAUUAAAAACACAUCAGAUCGGGUGGAGGCGUUGGAUUGCAUUAACGGCUCAACGCUAGAACACAAUAUGCUCACGGAUCUCACCAAUUUCACGUAUUUAAGUCAUCUGCACAUAUCGGUUUCAGUGCCAACGCCGGAGAUAGCGCCACCCGAUUUCGAUUUGACCAUUUCGAAUGAGUCGAAGCUCAUGAUCAAUCUGGAGGGUUGCGUGAAUACGCUAAUGGAUGAAUGCAAGGAGUUCUUGAAGGAUUUCGGACGUGAUGGCAGCGAUCAUAAUGCACGCGCGCGCUUCCCUUGCUUCUACUCGCCGUCGAAGAAAGAAAUUGUCGUGGCACGCUUCGACUUGGAGGUCACCUAUCGACAGUUUGUUAUCGCCUCGGUUGUGCCGUCCGUCUUGUUUGUGGUGUCAUGUCUGGUCUUGCUGCUCUGCCAGAAGACCGUCUAUGUGGGUGAUGAUGCGAAAAUGCGUUUCAAGGGUUGUGUGGACACGGACACGAUAUUGGCGAAAAAUAAUAUUGGCUCACAAACAAACUUGGGCGAUACUGGUGGAGGCGGUGGCGACGACGUAAUGGCACUAUGAGAUCCGUCACGCAUUCCUCUGCUCCAAGAAGACAGUCCCGUACAUCAAGCCGGCGUGUUUGUCAUGCAAUAAAGCAGCAGACAGUCCAGUAGUAACAAACAACAACAACAACAACACAAGUUGUACAAAAGCACACUCACUUCACCAACUCAAAUCAAAAAGAAACCAAGAAAAUUUUACAUAAAAAAUUUAAAAUAUUUUAAUCAGCCCAAAAAUAAAAACAAACAACAAUUUCAUUCAAUUUCACUCCCGCAAAAUGCGCUUGCAAGCAUCAAAUAAAAAUAUAUUAUAAAUUAGUCAAAUAAUAAUUAUGUACCACAAACAAACCACAGAGAGCAAAUAAUUUAUGCAAACCACAAUCAAUUGCGAGUAAAAAACACAAAAACAAAAAACUUAAAAAAUAAAAUUGCUGCAAACAAAUUUUUGAAUAUAUUCUCGAAAGCAAAUAUGCUGUAUUUUAAAUUAAUAUUUAUGCGCACGAAAGAAUUAAGAACAACAAUUGACGGGACAUAAAAGUCUUGAAAAACUUAUUCAUUCAGACAAUAUUAGAUUUACAAAAACAAAAAUAAAAAGAAAACAAAAACUUACCAAAAUAAAUUCAAAGAUUUGUAAGUACUCAAUUCAAUGUUGUAACCCCAGCAAAAAGCAAAAAGCAAAAAAGCAAAGUACAUUCCAUUUAUUGUUUAGAAUAUAUGAAAAAUAUUUACAAUUGUUUACUACAACUAUGUUAAAACAACAACAAUGCAAGGCAAAUAUUUAUGUGUUAUUCCAUUUGCAUUAUAUGUAUAUUAGUUAAAGAUCUAUAUUCAAGCGCUUAUUGCACUAAUUUCGUAUAAACGGGCACUCAACACACUAAUAUUUUACAACAGUAACUCACUUACACACACACAUUUAUACACCAGCAACUCACUUGUUAUGGAAAGUCAAACGGUUUGGAGGGAUGCGUGAUCAAACAGAUAUAUUCAAGCAAAUUUUGGUACAAACAAUAACAAAAUAUAUGAAAAAUUAACAAUAACAUACAAAGAGACGACAAACUAACCAAACAAAUAAACGAACGUUAAACGAAGAAAACUAGCAAAAGAAUAGAUAAAAAAAAGAAAUUAAAGAAAAACGAACACAACAAACAGACUUGGGCCAGAUAUAGAAAAAAAAAACACAAAUAGGCAUGAAAAAAAGAAAUUAGAUAAAUUACCGUUCAAAUUAGUAUGAAGUGUGUUUAGUGAAUAUCGAAUAUUAAAUUAAUUAACUUAAAAAUAGAACAGAAACAAGUAUCAUAGAAUUAAAAAAAAAAAAAACUCCUGACAUGUUACGAGAACCAAGAACUUGGACAAACUGAAAAGCAACUCUGUUAAUAAUACGUCAACAAACACACAAAUAACUGAACCUAUAAAUAGCGAUCAUUAGUAGCGCACGAACAAUCGAACCCACACACACAGACAGAAAACUACAAACAACCAAUAGCUGCAGUCAAGACACAAACUGUGGAACGAACCACAGACACACACCAGCAGUCGAGUAUAACGCAGCAAGAUGAAGAAAAGUUCGACCGCUACGACAACAAUGUCAUUACCGACCAGUCCGACAAUUUCGGCACACACUAUAACCGGCAGUAAGCUAAGUUUAAGCAGCACAAAGACAGCGACUUCGGGGCGUUCGAGCCGUACGAGCCUGCAAUCGCCACAGAGGAAGAAGAGCGAUCUCGAAUUGGAGUCGAUACUAGAGAAGGCGAAAUUUUACACAUCGUUGUGCCUUGGAACCACUGCAAUUCUGUCGGUUUUUGCAUUCCUCUUUUUAAUACCAUUCGUCGUGGAUCCAGCUAUAUCGACAAUAAUUGCAGAUUAUGAUCCCGUACCAGUUACAUGUAUUGUCAUUGAUCAUGUCUACGCGGAAGGCAUAAGAAAUUGUUCGUGGAGUUCAUGCCGCGAGGGCUGCACGUCAUCACUCACCAAGUGCCAUCAGUUGUACGUCAACUAUACACGCAUUCCAUUCAUCGAAUGGGAGAAGAAUCCACAUGAGCUGGAUAAGGUGCAAUGGGAUGUCAGUUAUACGAAAUUUCUCAUCAAUUCGGAAGGUUGCGGUUAUCCACCCACAACGAAUUGCAGUGUCUUUGCGCGCCAAUAUGGCUACUCGCACAUUGGCGAACCAUUUCCCUGUUAUUACAGUCGUGCCUACCCGGAGGUGGUGAUCGGUCGCUACUCGUGGGAGAACAAUUUGUAUCAUCUCGUGUUGUCGCUUAUCAUACCGAAUGUUCUAUUCGCCAUUUCGAUUGGUGUGCUCAGCUAUUGGUACUGCCCCUGUUGCGACAAAGCAUGCAACAAAUCAUCGCGGGUCUAUGCAGAGAAAUUUCCCUCGAAGGAAGAAAAACUUCUGUGUCAAAGUGAUGACGAAGAUGAUAUGGAAUACUAGUGAACUAGAGAGUCUAGUGAAAGGCUAGAUAUACUCGUAGCAUUAGAAAAGCUGCUUACACAACAACAACAGCAAAAAAUCGUACUCGUACUCGUAUUCGUAUUCGUAGAAGGAAUACAAUGUAGAAAAUCGAUAGCCACAUUUUGUAUUCGUACACAACAGUUACAAAUAAAUAAUAAUAUUUACCUACUACGCUCAUACACAUAGUACUUAUAUACAUAUACAUACUAUAUGUAGAUAGUUAAAUAUGGCGGUGUGUAUGUACUUAUACAUACAUAUUUAGGCAUCAUUAUAGCUAAACGCAUUCGUGAGUGUACUACAGCUAUGUGCAUACAUAUAUAUAGCAAUAUUUAUAUUAGGGUGCCCAAGUUGGUUAAUUUUUUUUUUUCGCCAGCAUCUCUUGCAGUUUUAGCUUCUACCCUAAAAGUAAGGUUAAAAUGUAAACAAGCUUUUUAUUUCAAUAUAAUAUGUAAUGAAUUUUUGAUAUUUUGCAUUAAGCAAGUAAAUUUAUAACUUUGAAACAGUUAUCUUCUAAUGCUAAAUUUUCUGCUCCACAAAACAGGUCCCGAUGCAUUUGUCCAUUAAAACAUUGCUUUAAAAGUUAUACGCAGUCAAAGCUAUACAUCAACUGUAAAACGCGUUCAUAGAAGCGAUUUGUGUAUUCUGUGUUGCUCAUACAACAUGGUGUACCAUAUGAAUACAGUACUUUUGCUGCAUAACUUUAAAUAUCGUGAUUAUAACUUUUAAAGAAAUGCUAAAAAAAUCAAUUUGGAAAAUAAUGGACACCCCAAUGUAUAUGUAUGUAUGUAUGUAUGUAUGUUUGUCUACGCAUUUGUAUACAUAACAGUAUUCGCAAUUUGCUAAGUAAAUAAUAAAAAAUUGACAAUUCGUACUGUUCUCCUCCUCCCCAAUAGCGCUAAACACAAGAGCAAAGCAAUAGUCUGCCGCAAAUCCAAAAGUAUUUACAUAAGUAUGUAUGUAUUAUGCUUAUUGCAAACUCCAGAGCAGUAUUUGUGCUACUUAUUUGUUAAAGCUUUUGGAAUUAUUUUCGAAUUUGCAAUUGCACUUGAAGUAAAAUUUGAUAUGCAAAUGCUAAAGCACGAUUUGUAAAAUAGAAAAACAAAAUUUAUAUAAAAAUUUAUAAAAUAAAAUGAAAUAAAAUAUUGUAGGGCUUGUUUUGCAUUUAUAUUAUUAAUAUAAAAGUGUCAUACAAAUAAAUAUAAGCUAAGUACAACACACAUAUGUAUGUUUGUAGCAUAAGAGAGUACAUAUGUAAGUACGUCGACAGCUUUAUUUGAAAAACAAAAAGAAAAACGAAAACAGCAAUUCAAAAUAUAUUCGUAUAUAUGUAUGUAUUAAAAUAGCAAAUUACACACUUUUCUAAUAAAAGUUUUGAAUUUACGGAAGCUUUUUUUCGCGAGCGAAGGCAACAAAAGCAAGUGCAUGAUCGAAAAAAUCUUUUUUUCUACUCAGCAAGCUCAGGUACCGAAAGCAAGUGCAAGCUCGAAAAAGGACUAUUUUGCACAGCAAACAAAAGUACCGAAAGAUUGUAAAAGCUCGAAAAAAGUUUUUUUCGCUCAGCAAGCGAAAAUACCUAAAGCUGGUGAAAGCUCUGCUUCAAGUGGAAAUGGUAGAAGUGAAAGCUGCACAUUUCGUUGUAAACAGUUUUGCACUCAAAUAUAUCAACUGCUGUUUAAGUUUAUAAAUGCAAUUAAAAUAGAUAUAUUUUGUUGUACUCUAUAUUUUUGUUAGUAGAAAAUGUUUUGCUGAAAAUUAUAAAAAUUGAAAUUAUGUAACUAUAUGUUGAAUUUGACUUAAAAAGGUUAUUUAUAUAUAUAUUGAAAGACAAGGAUUGUGAUAAUAGUCAUAAUUAUUAUAUGUUUUGUGUUCUCAGCGUGUUGUACACCCUAGAAAAUCAGACUUUUUUAUUGUUGAAAAUGUUGUAAGUAAUGUAGGAAUGAAAGACAUACGCCGAUUUGCUGAGUGGGUGUUGCAUAUAAGUAAAACAGCAAAUGAAUUGAAAAAUAUGUACUUGUAAGGUUUGAAUUGUAAUGUAAAUCGAAUUUGGCUUAAAGAGUUACUUAAGUUUAGACUAGUCAAAUAUGUAGCAUUACAGUUAAGGUAAAAUGGUAAAUAUACUUAUGUAUCAUACUGUGUUAAACAAUAAUACAAAAUUAACGACACAUACAUAUACCUAAAACAAAUUUCAGUUUCAGCAAAUGUGUAAGCAAAUAUUGUACGAUUUUUAUCUUCCCAAAAAUGUACCUUUCGAAAAAUAUUUUGAAAAUUAAUUUUUUUUUAACACUAAACAAGUACCUUCCAGAAACGAUUUUGAAAUAUUUAAUAAUUUAAACAAAAUUAAUUUUAUUAAACUUGUGCAAACGCUUUAAAAUUCAAUUGAAUUGAAGCGCGCAAAAAAUCAUGAAAACAUUGUAUAUAUGAAUAUGUGCUUAAAAGGCUUUGCUAAAACUGUUUGAAAAAUAAAUUUUCAUAACAUAAACUUAAUAGCAGCUUAUUAAGCUAAAGAAAAAACUAUAAUUGCAAUAAAGUGGUCCAAUUUUGUUUUAGCUAACUGCUUUAAAAAGUAAAAGCUUUAAUUUUUUACUACAAAGAUUAUAGAACUCGAGGUUAUACCAUUGUGCACAUAAUUAUUUAAUGGAUUUUUUAAAGAAUUUAGUUAUGAUAGAGGCGUGGUCUACAAGACAGGAAUAUAGUGAUAUUAUCUUUGCUCUCUGCGCUCUUUCUUCGUUUACUUCAUUCUCUGAUAUAGCUUGAAAAGAAAUAUGAAUAAUAAACUCCUAGUAGCCUUCCUCUGUUUUGUCUCCCGUUACACUAUGUACUUAGCCUAAUUGGCCAGUUGUUGUCAGCAUGAUCAGUUGCGUUUUCCUGUAUAAAUUAGUAAAUCAAGUAAAAUUACAGAUUUAUGUGAGAUUACAAAAAGGUCUGCAUUGAGCUCUUAUCUAUAUUUGAUGAACAUAUUCGAGACUCGAUCAAUUUUACCCUAUAGUUGAAUAACCUAAACUAUUUUUAAAUACUUGUAUAUAUAGAGAAUUACCAAAUUUUUACUCAAAAACUCGAAGACAAUUCGAGUGAUUCUGCUGGAAAAAUUCGAGACCCGAUCAAUUCUAUUUAAAAACAUCAAAAUAGUUACCUAAAAUACAUUACCAGAUUUUUACCCAUUACCCAUUACCAGAUUUUUAUCCAAGAAUUCCAGUUAUUCUGGUGUACAUAUUCGAGACUCGAUCAAUUUUACUGUAAACACCAUCUUACAAUUAACAAGUACAAAUUACUUUAAAAUAUAUUUAUAGAAUUUUCAGAUUUGUGAUAAAAACUCAGAAAAAUUCCAGUCAUGCUAAUGAACAGUUCGAGACUCGAUCAAUUUUAUUCUACAGUUGAAAAACUUAAAAUAUUUUACAAAAGACUCAGAGCCAAUUCGUGUUAUUCUGAUGAAAUAUUUAGAGAAUCGAUCGGUGUAUAUAUAUUACUUUCAAAUAUAUUUAAAGAAUUACAAAAUUUUUUAUUCAAAAACUCGGAAAUAUUUCCAGUUAUUCUGAUAAACAUAUUCGAGACACAAUCUAUCUUAGCAUUCAAUAAAUAAUAAAUAAAUUAUUUUAAAAUAUGUUAAGAGAAUUGGCAGACAUUUACUCUAGACCUACAUUAUAUCAGCUUAAGCUAUUUUAAUAUGUUGCAACAAAUAUAAACUCCUUAGACUAUGGAGGUACAAUACGGAAAUAAUUUUCUAAUUUGAUAAAUAUUUAAAACAUUUUUAUAACUCAAAUGCAAUAGAGCACAAACACUUUUCAUUCGAACUGUUAAAUUUGGAAAGAGUAAUAAUUGUGCACAAGAUACAACCUCGCGAGUUCUGUAUAAAUAUUCAAAGAUUACAAUACAAAAUAGCAAACGAAUCAAAACUCCUUAUAAAAGCCUCUUCAUUAACUGAAAACCACAGAUGAUGCAUAAAAUUCCAUUAUAGUUUUCACUUUGUCCUAAUUGCAAGGAUUUGCUGUAUUAAUUUAUUUUUUAAUGAAACUUAAAUUGUACUGAAUUUUUUAUAAUUUAUGAACAGACUUUUUCCCAAAGACUUUAAUAGCGUCGACGCUAUUAAUUCUUGCCUAUAGUAAGCAAAAGCUAAAUAAAAAAUAACAUUCACUUCAAAACGUUUUGCAAUACCUACCUGCAUACCAACACAAAUACAAAUUGUAACAAAUCGAUACAGGAUUAUAUUUACAAAAUAAAAAAGUAAAAAUAAAAAUAUUUUUCUUCAGCGCAAAAUUGUAAAUCUUCAAAUAAAGAUAAUGGCAAUCGCUAAAUAAAAUUCAAAUAAAAAAUAAA